CCCAGAUAUCAACUCCAUCUUUACUUCUUAUCCAAACAAGAGUGCCCAAAAAUUGUUUUGCAUCGAAAAUCUUAGUCCUAUGGCUCAAGUUUCUUCAUCGGGAAACCGGCUCCUGCUACUCCCUCUCUCCGAUGGCUACAGCUCACUCUUUGGGAUCUAUGCCUUUCUUCGCCACCCUUUUCGCGUUAUGUGUUACUACUUUUCCGACCUUAGCUGGAGGUCUCUCGCCUUCGCCCUUCAUCGUUCCGGUUCAAAGGCUGGUCAAUACUCCCACUACCGGCCACAGCUUGGUCAGAGCUGGUCAGGCCAGACUUCAGGCUUUCAGCAAAGCUCACUCCCAGGUCAAUGGUAUCCCUGGGGAUCAUGCCGCCUUGGCACCUCCUGCUGCUAGUCUUACCGACCAGAUCGUGACCUUCACCAUUAAUCCAGUAGUGAACGGAAAGAACUUCUCAUUAAUAGUCGAUACUGGCAGUUCAAACACUUGGGUUGGGGCCGAUCCUGCAAACCGCUUGCAGCCUGGUCUUGGCCUUGAUCUAUUUGAAGUAACAUACGGCUCUGGUGCUGUCCUUGGUGACGAAACAACGAACACGGUAAACAUUACACCCGGCCUCGCUGUCGAAAACCAAUCCAUAGGUAAUGCACUUUUGUCCGAAGGAUUCGACGGAGUCGAUGGUAUCAUGGGCUUCGGUCCCGUUGACUUGACGCAAGGCACACUUCUAGAUAAUGCUGAAUCGACUAUUCCCACCGUCAUGGACAACCUCUUUGCGCAGGGGACAAUUUCCAACGAGACACUCGGAGUGUUUCUUGCACCAACUACUACAGAUGACCCUGUUAAUGGCGAGCUCUCUUUUGGUGGUGUUGAUACCUCGAAGAUGACUGGACCAAUGUCCUUCUUCCAAUCGACACUGCCAUUUUGGUCCAUAUCUCAGAGUGCCACUUUCGGCGGGGUUACUAUCAUGGACACCACCACUUGUGUAGUCGACACGGGUACAACACUUCUUAUGCUUCCAGAAGACGCCGUCACAACCUACCAGGACCUCAUUGGAGCCACUUUAGAUCCCACCACCGGUCUCUUGUCAAUUAAUGAAGCCCAGUUGAGCAACUUGACGACACUGUCUUUCAUUGGCACAGAUAUCAACGGUGAAACUCAACAUUUCGACCUUACUCCAAACGCACAACUCUUUCCUCGUGCAUUCAAUACCGAGAUUGGAGGCUCAGCGGAUGAUAUCCUCCUGAUUACUGCUUCAAGUGGGAGCAAUGAUGCAUCCACUAUCGACUGUAUAAUGGGACAAUCAUUCUUACAACGUACUUAUUCGGCAUUUGUAACGCCAAACGGUAAUCCAGACGCAGCUGGCACUGUAGGCUUUGCGACCACUCCCUUCACAGACGCCACGACCAAUUGAGAAUUGCGGCCAUAUUCUGACAAACCUCUUUCCUAAUACAGAUUUGCUACAUACAGCUUUGACCUUGAACCAUUCUACCAUAGUGUCAUCAAUACCUGUGUAUCAUUGCAUCCUGCUCUUCUCUUCUCAGUCUUCUUCGAACUUUGUAUGUGACCUGCAUAGCUGAUUUGUGGGUCCAAGCAAUCGAGAAUGUUUCCCACGUCAUUGUUACAAUUGGCAAAUUACGAUUUGUUCUCUC